AUAUAUAGAAACGAACGGAAGUUGCAGAGUGCGCCAAAGGUUAAAAUGGCUCCGAAAGCGAGAGUUGGAGGAGCACGACUUCAACAUUUUGACGAUUAUUUCGUCCUACCACAUCCUCUAUGGAUGAUUAUAAUAUCCUUCGGUCUUUGGUUGUUAGUGAUAUCAACAAUAUCGCCUGAUAGAAUACCACCCAUAUUAGGUCCUGUGGCUACAGUUGGAAGAUAUAUGGGUAAAACCCAUCCAUUGGCUUGCAAUUUUCUAUGUAUUUUCACAGUAUUGUGUCAUUGUGGGGAGGCCUUAUAUGCCAGCAAACUUUGUCAGGAUAAAGCUCUAUCACUGGGCGCUACUAUAAAAUGGACGUUUAGUACGAUGAUAUUUGGAUUCUCAGCUUUAAUAAGAUUAAAACCGUACCAAUCUACAUCAAAAUUAGAUUGAAAAUACUAAAUAUUGCAAUACACAUGUUUAUCAACCAU